AUGAAGACGUUCGUUGGAAUACUCGUUGUGCUCACAGUGAUUGCCGUUUCGACGGCCGCCGAGGAAGCGGAGUCGAGGGAAGCGAAAUCCGUCAAAGUGGUCCGAUCACCCCGGAUCGAAGAACGAAGACAUAAGUUCCACAGUUCGAUGUCGAAGAACGCCGUCAGCGCCGAGGCUGUCGAGUUGAAAACGCAGCAGGAGGUCGGCAAAUUCAUGAGCCCUCGAAACCUCAUCAAAACGGCUAUUAAGUUGGUUUUCGGUUCCGACGAGGAAAGCGCCGCAACAUCGCGUCAGAUCAUAAACCUCCUCGUCACCGUGCUUGACAUGGUCAAGACGACCUUUGGCGCUCGUGCGCGUGCAGCUCAACAGGGUCGUGGCUUGAACGGAGCUUUCGACGACAUCACGAUCGCCGGAGCCUCAAUGAUGAAAGGCCUCCUGAGAUCGGCGAUGGCCAAGGACGAGAACUGCAUGCAGAGAUAUCUGUGCGAAGCCUCCAAAGAUGCCGUCAAGGAGGGUCACGAACUCGGUUAUCUCGUGGCACAGUUCGGCGGGUAUGCUGCUAGCUACGCCCUGGAGAAGCAAAAGAACCUGAAAUUCGACUUCAGCUACAACGCCACCAGGAACGGCCGUUCAGGAGACGACUGUUUCACGUUAUACCAGACCUGCAACGAGGCAGUUUAGCUUCGCGACAGUUUGAGGCGAUUCGAACCUUAGGCAGCGUUUUCAGAUGAUCAUCUUCUCUUCCAGUCACAAAACACCAUUUCUAUUUAUUGCUCCACUUCUCCAUUUCCCUCCCGUACCUGAAUAAAGAGAUUAAUAUAUUGA